AAGCAGUAAGCAUUGCGAUUUUGAGUUGUGAGACAUUUUACCGAAUAGACACUUCGUUUCUUUAGUGCGUACUGUAAGCAUUCGAUAUUCCUGUGAUCAAAUUUUAUAUUAAAAAUUGAGAGAAUCGCGAUGUUAAAUUGCUUAAGCUGGAUAGUAUAUCGUUGAAAGUGUAAUCUUCACAGUUUAUAACAAAUAAUACGAAAAUGGACAUCGAAGAGUGUCUUAAAGAGUGGGAAGAUUUAUUAGCCGACUACAAACGAUUAGAGACGGUUAACAAGGAAUAUGCCACCAAAUUAGAGGAAGUAGGUGAACUGCAGUCAUCAUGUUUGAAGGAGUUGACCCACCAGCGUUAUCGGAUGUCUAUUAUAACUGGCACCCUCAAAAGAUUGGAGAAAAAGGGCGUGACAAAGGAUGAACGCAUAGCAAAUUUAGAAAAGGAAAUCAUGAAGAGAAAAGCCAUGCUCCAUGAAAUUGAGGCGACCCUACCUAAACAGAACAGCAUGUACCUCAAGAUCAUACUGGGCAAUGUCAACGUAUCAAUACUCAAUAAAAAUGACAAAUUUAAAUACAAAGAUGAAUAUGAAAAGUUUAAAUUGAUACUCAGCGCUAUCGCCUUUGUUCUUGCUGUUGCCAACUUAUUAAUCGACUUUAGGCCGUUACAACUGAUCCUGAUAUUCUUGUUAGUAUGGUACUACUGCACACUGACUAUCCGGGAGAGCAUCUUGAAGGUGAACGGAUCCCGGAUCAAGGGUUGGUGGAGGCUGCACCACUUCAUAUCCACAGUGGUGGCCGGCAUCUUACUCAUCUGGCCGCAGAACGAACCCUGGGAUGAAUUCAGACAUACAUUUAUGUGGUUCAUAGCAUACAUAAGUGUUGUUCAAUAUAUGCAGUUCAGAUAUCAAAGCGGAGUACUGUAUCGUCUGAAGGCUUUGGGAGCACGUCAUAACAUGGAUAUAACUAUUGAGGGAUUCCACUCGUGGAUGUGGCGCGGACUGUCCUACUUGCUGCCGUUCCUCUUUGGUGGAUACAUCUUCCAGCUCUACAUAGCUUACACUCUUUAUCAUAUCAGCUACCAUCCGGAAGCUACUUGGCAGGUGGCAGCACUAAGUAUGUCGUUCCUGUUGAUCGGUAUUGGUAAUACAGCGACCACUCUCAUUGUGAUCCCGCAGAAGUUGAACGAACAGGUAACUUACCUCGCAGCUUUGUUCCUUAUUUUGCACUCCUGCAACAUGUAUACAAUAUGGCGGACAUUACGAAAGAAAACUCAGGGCGGGCGAAAACUUCGCUACAAAUUGCGUGCGAUCGCUUACAGAUUGUCUAAUGAGCUAGCUGUUUUGGAUCAAAAAUGGCGGCAAAAUAAAAUCGAAGCCAAGAACUGACGAGGACUUUAAGUGACGACGAAGAUAUAUAUAUAUCACCUUUAUAUGUGAUUAUUAUACUAUUUAUAUUUUGGUACGUUAAAGUAUUUCUAGUAUCGGUAUUAACGUUACUAAUUAUGUGAUUUAUAUGUAAAUAAAGAAAUAAACACAUGUUUCAGUUAUUUUGCAAUUUAA